GGCCCCCCUUCUCUAUAUUCAUUGUUUAGUGAAAAAGAGAGAGAGAGCGGUAAGGAAGAAGAAAAAAAAAUGAGGGAUGGAUCCUUUUUCUCUCUUUCUUUCUCUCUCUCUCUCUCUCUCUUUUAAACAUCUUUAUUUUCUUUCAAAGAAUGACUUUACCUGAAUCUACAGCAACUACACCUGCCAUUCUAUCUUCCUCUUCCACUAACCAAGGUGCACCAUUGGAUUCAUCUCCGACUAGCAGCGUUGUAUUAAAAAUGGGAAUUAUUGGUGAUGCGCAAAUUGGGAAAACGAGUUUAAUGAUAAAAUAUGCAGAAGGAGCGUAUGAUACGGAGUAUAUCCAGACACUAGGUGUUAACUUUAUGGAAAAGACGAUUGUGAUUCGUCAAACCGAGAUUACAUUUAGUAUAUGGGAUUUGGGAGGACAAAAGGAAUUUGCGAGUAUGUUACCUCUGGUGUGUAAUGAUGCAGUAGCGAUUUUAUUUACGUUUGAUUUAUCACGAAAAGCGACAUUGAAUAACCUAAAGGAAUGGUAUCGACAAGCCAGAGGGCUCAACAUGAGCGCUAUUCCAUUGCUGGUUGGUACGAAAUAUGAUGAGUUUGUUCAUCUAGACUAUCAAGAUCAAGAGGAGAUUACGGUCCAAGCAAGGAAAUAUUCGCGUGCUAUGAAGGCUCCACUUGUCUUUUGUUCCACAGCAGAAUCAAUUAACGUACAGAAGAUUUAUAAAUUGGUUCUAGCCAAAGUGUUUGAUUUAAAUUGCACUUUGCCUGAAAUUACUGAAAUUGGAGGCCCCAUUCUUGAAUAUCAUCACUGCUAG